AUAGGUUUGUUGUAGCUUAAAAAAAAUGGAUUAACCUUUAACAUCUGGCUACAUAUCCGCCUGGUGAAUACCAACGCACCUAUCCAAUACAGGACAGGAGCUCGAGUGUAGCAGACCGUGGUGAGAUUAUCGACAAUACCGACAAGUGGUGAGAAGUGAUGUAGAAUGUGCUAUAAAACCAGAGCGUAGUGCUUCACUAGUUAUCGUGCGUCCGUCGUACUAUCUUUCUCGCCUGUCCUGAGCCGGGCCAGACACCGUCAGUUAGAUUGCAUUCUUGGAAUUUGAACACACAGAAUGUUGCUGCUAAAAUAAUAGACCACCCGAAAAUUCUCGGAUGCCUUCAGCAUCGUGUGCUGGAAUCUUUCGAUUAGUUGUCCAGUCGGUUCGGGUAAGUUCUGUGCCCUGAUCCUGGCUUGUCGCCUUCGAACCAAACCGAACCAAACCUGCCCGAACGAACCGUCCGAAACAUGAUGCAGCAGCGAAGAUGAACGAGGCUCCUAACGAUGUGGCAUCCAGUGCGGUAGACUACGAAGAUCUGAUGGCACCAUGGGCCUACAAUGCGGCCGCCAUCACCCUGUUCUGUAUCGGUUUUUUUGGAUUUUUUCUCAACCUUUUCGUAAUUGCCCUAAUGUCCAAGGAUAUGCAGCUAUGGACACCGAUGAACAUCAUAUUAUUCAAUUUGGUUUGCUCCGACUUUUCCGUGUCGAUCAUCGGCAACCCACUGACGCUUACGUCGGCCAUCUCGCAUCGCUGGAUCUUCGGACGGACGCUGUGUGUGGCGUACGGGUUUUUCAUGUCCCUGCUGGGAAUAACCUCCAUCACGACGCUUACCGUACUGUCGUACGAACGGUACUGUCUCAUCAGUCGCCCAUUUUCAUCACGGAAUUUGUCACGCAAAGGAGCGUUCCUGGCAAUAUUCUUCAUCUGGGGCUACUCGUUUGCCUUAACCUCGCCGCCACUGUUCGGCUGGGGAGCGUACGUAGAGGAGGCAGCUAACAUUAGCUGUUCGGUAAACUGGGAAUCACAAACGAAAAACGCCACGACGUACAUAAUUUUUCUGUUCGUUUUUGGACUUGUCGUCCCGCUGAUCGUAAUUGUGUACAGUUACACCAACAUCAUCGUAAAUAUGCGAAAGAAUUCGGCACGUGUGGGACGAAUAAAUCGUGCCGAGCAGCGCGUCACCUCCAUGGUGGCGGUGAUGAUCGUUGCGUUUAUGGUCGCGUGGACACCGUACGCCAUCUUUGCGCUGAUCGAACAGUUCGGGCCGCCGGAGCUGAUUGGUCCCGGGUUGGCAGUGUUGCCAGCGCUCAUCGCCAAAUCGAGCAUCUGCUACAACCCGAUCAUUUACGUCGGCAUGAACACACAGUUCCGGGCAGCGUUUACCCGGGUGCGGAACAAGGGAGGUAUGCAAAUGGCGGACCAAAAUACCACCACCAUGCAGCGGGAGCUCACCAAGAGCAGCCGUGAUAUGGUGGAGUGUAGUUUCGAUUUCUGUCGUAAGAAAAAUCGCUUCAAAAUUAGCCUAGUGAAGCCGACCGCACCGUUGUCGGUGGUGGACGUGUCGAGCACCUCGCAUCCAGACAAGGGAACGAGCCGUUCACCGCUGGACCAAACGGUGCUGAACGAGAUGAACGAUGAUGGUGCACGCGAACGUAGCGGUGGCUAUGCCGGCACCCGGUUCGUGCGUCCAGACUUUGAACUAUCUGUGAUUAAUAGUGGAAAAUCGAUACUGAUAAAAUCGAAGAAUUUUCGGUCCAAUUUACUAUAGAAAGCGUGCACGUGAUAAGAGUAAAUCAGUGAAGUAAGUAAGUAUAAUGGUUUUGUUUUGUUUUGAUUUUAUUAGUGAGUUAGUUUAGGGUGAGUAGAUUCAAUGAAUAUCCGUCUGCACAAUGGACCAAUUCGAAUCGGAACGUCAUGCAGGAGAUGUACUCGACAGUUGAUUGUUGAUUUUUCCAUCGCUCGCUAAAAGCAUGAGCCCACUUUUAGUGAGCGAUGGAGGUGUUUAAUUUAUUAUAUCCUCUUAUAUCAGUUCGAUUAAUACGAAACGUAAAUGUGUGAAAAUCAAUGCAAUUGUAACAGCAACGAGCUUUUGGAAUAGACACUCAAAAACACGAGAUGGCACUAUACUUCAACCCACCAAACAUGACCGUAAACAGAGAGAAUGUUGAAUGUUAUAGUUGAGGUAAUUAGAAGAAGCGGUAUUUCUUACAAAUACUGUUGAGAUUUAAGCAAAUGUUCAUAUUUUAAUCAAAGAUGAGGAGGGAGAAAGAAAACAAAAACAAGUGCGAUCCCUUCCUGUGGCAAAGAUUCCAUUCAAAUUGGCCUAUGAAUGUGACGAUAAUUUCGUUGUCACACAUCUUGAAUGUGAUCCAAACGAGUCGAUUGCAUUGAAAAUUGUUAGCUGCAGGAACGAAUAAAUAUAUAUUUAUUUUGCAUGUAAGAAGAGAAGAAUUACACGUUAAACAUGGAAUAAAAAAUGUCAUGAACAAGUUCGGAAUAAAUGUAAUUGAUUGAAUUUUAAAUGAAUUGUAAUGAUUCAAUCGUUAGUAAGUAAUAUUUUUCGAAUCGGACAAAUAAAUAAUGUAGUUGAAUCAACAAAUCAUAUUUGGU